AUGGUUAAUUUACUGUUAUCUACCUCUCUCUCUCUCCUACCCCAUCUCUCUCUCUUUCUCUCUCUCUCUCUCUCUCUCUCUCUCUAUCUAUCUAUCUAUCUAUCUAUCUACAUAUAUAUUAAUAUCUAUCUAUCUAUCUAUCUAUCUAUCUAUCUAUCUAUCUAUCUAUCUAUCUAUAUAUAUAUAUAUAUAUUUAUCAUUUUUUUUUCUUUCUACCUUUUCGUUUUCAUUUUCUUUCUUUUUGUUUCUCUUCUCGAUUUCUUUCUUUUCGUCUUCUUUCUUUCUUUUCGUUUUCUUUCUUUCUUUCUUUUCGUUUUCUUUCUUUCUUUUCGUUUUCUUUCUUUCUUUUGUUUUCUUUCUGCCUUUCCGUUUUCAUUUUCUUUCUUUUUACGUUUUUCUUUUCGUUUUCUUUCUUUUCGUUUUCGUUCUUUCUUCUCGAUUUCUUUCUUUUCGUUUUCUUUCUUUCUUUUCGUUUUUUCUUUCUCUCCCUUUAUUCUUUAA